AUGGUGGUGCUCCUCAUCAAGCCUCUCUUGAGCAUGCUCGCCUUCUUCCACAUUUGCCUUGCCACAUUCGUGGCACAGACAUCACUGGCAGCUCAUGGAGCAAUCGCCCCCCACAUCGCCGACUCCGACCAGCUCGCGCUCAUGUCAUUCAAGUCACUCGUGACGAGUGACCCAUCGGGAGCCCUAGCUUCGUGGGGCAACAUGUCCAUUCCCAUGUGCUGGUGGCGCGGCGUGGCGUGCGGCUUGAGGGGACACCGCCGGGGCCAUGUGGUGGCUCUGGACCUCCCCGAGCUCAACCUGACUGGCACCAUCACCCCUGCGCUGGGAAACCUCACUUUCUUGAGGCGACUCAAUCUUUCAUCGAAUGGCUUCCAAGGGAUCUUGCCUCCAGAGCUCGGUAACAUCCAUGACCUUGAGACUCUACAACUUACCUACAACUCCCUCUCUGGCCAGAUUCCACCGUCACUUUCAAACUGUAGCCACCUGAUAGAGAUUUCCCUCGGCGACAACAAUUUACAUGGGGGAGUACCCAGUGAGUUAGGCUCUUUGCGCAACUUGCAGGUACUCAGUCUUGGCAAAAAUUGGCUUACAGGAACCAUCCCUUCUUGGUUAGGCAACCUCUCUUCAUUAGUAUUCCUAGAUCUUCAGCAAAAUGGUCUAGUUGGUCAGAUCCCAGAAUCAUUAGGAAAUCUUGAGAUGCUUACAAUACUUUCUCUCUCAGGAAACAAUCUUUCAGGUCCCAUACCUAGUUCGCUUGGCAACCUCUAUGCCCUCACUGGACUUGGUCUAGCGAAUAAUAAGCUGGAAGGCCCUUUGCCCCCUUUAAUGUUCAAUAAUCUUUCCUCCCUCGAAUUUCUAUAUAUAGAAUACAACAACUUGAAUGGGACUCUUCCACCUAAUAUUGGAAACAACCUUCCGAAAUUAAACUAUUUUCUUGUAUCAGACAAUGAAUUUCAUGGCAUGCUCCCGUCAUCCCUUUGCAACGCCUCCAUGCUUCAAGCUAUUCAAACACUAGAAAACUCCCUAUCGGGAACGAUUCCAGAAUGCUUAGGAGCUAAACAAACGAGCCUGUCCUCAGUGUUAAUUGGAGGAAAUCAGUUUGAAGCAACAAACGAUGCUGAUUGGAGCUUUGUGGCUAGUCUGACCAAUUGUAGCAACUUAGUUGAACUAGAUGUUAGCUCGAAUAAUCUCCAUGGCGUGCUGCCAAAUUCAAUCGGUAAUCUCUCAACACAUCUAUACUAUCUCAGCAUUGCAAAAAACAAUAUAACUGGAACAAUAACAGAAGGAAUCGGUAACCUCGUCAACUUACAAACACUUGACAUGCCUCAUAACUUUCUCAUAGGUGCUAUUCCAGCAUCUCUCGGCAACCUUAAUAAGUUAUCCGAAUUAUUUCUGUACAAUAAUGCUUUGUCUGGACCCUUGCCGGUAACUCUUGGCAAUCUUACACAACUAACUAGACUUCUCCUCAGUACAAAUGCUAUAAGUGGACCUAUACCAUCUAGUCUCAGCCAUUGUCCUUUAGAAGUAUUGGAUCUUUCUCACAACAAUCUUUCUGGUCCGACACCUAAAGAACUCUUUUCCAUACCAACCUUGUCGAUCUUAAUCACUGGGAAUGAUGGUCUUUGUGGUGGUAUCCUCAACUGGGAUUGCCACCUUGCCCCACCCAGACAACCAAGAAACGACAUCGAAAACUUGUCAUAA